AUGCAUUUUCCCUAUAUACUACCCACAAGUACAUCCAAAUUCUUUUCAUAUCUUCGUCCCCAUUUUAUACGGCAUAUGUCUUCUCAUAUUAAAUCAGAAACGCUCAACAACGAGGUACACCUCUUAACACUGAAUGAUCCUGUUAGUGCCAAUUCACUUUCUUUGCCGUUGAUGAAAGAGUUACUCAUGGCUUUGGAGUCUAUCAAGUCAUCACAGAAUAUCAAAGCUUUAGUGAUUACAGGUGAAGGAAAAUUUUUUUCUUCCGGACAUAAUCUUCAGGAAGUUAUCAAGAUUUCGGAUACAAACUCUAAAGAAAUUUUUUCUACAGCAUCAGAGAUUAUGAAAGAAUUAGCCGAAUUUCCUAUACCAUCGAUAGCAGCUGUAAAUGGUCCUGCUAUCGCUGGAGGUUGUCAAUUAGUUGCAGCUUGUGACUUAGCAAUAUCAGCUAAAUCUGCGAUAUUUUCAGCUGGUGGUAUUAAACUAGGAUUAUUCUGUAGUACACCUGCUGUAUCAUUAGUUCGAGCGAUUGGAUUGCGAGCUGCUAACGAAUUGCUUUUAACAGGUAAAUGUAUCAGUGCUGCUAGAGCCUAUGAAUUAGGUCUUGUUCAUCGUGUAGUUGAAGAUGACAAACUAUAUGAAGCAUCUAUUGAAUUCGCCAAAGAAAUUACUCAACAUAAUAAAAAUGUUAUACAAUUAGGUCGAGAAACUCUUCACAAACAAAUUAUGAAAGAAUUAGCCGAAUUUCCUAUACCAUCGAUAGCAGCUGUAAAUGGUCCUGCUGUUGCUGGAGGUUGUCAAUUAGUUGCAGCUUGUGACUUAGCAAUAUCAGCUAAAUCUGCGAUAUUUUCAGCUGGUGGUAUUAAACUAGGAUUAUUCUGUAGUACACCUGCUGUAUCAUUAGUUCGAGCGAUUGGAUUACGAGCUGCUAACGAACUGCUUUUAACAGGUAAAUGUAUCAGUGCUGCUAGAGCCUAUGAAUUAGGUCUUGUUCAUCGUGUGGUUGAAGAUGACAAACUACAUGAAGCAUCUAUUGAAUUCGCCGAAGAAAUUACUCAACAUGAUAAAAAUGUUAUACAAUUAGGUCGUGAAACUCUUCACAAACAAGUGUCUAUGCCAUUAAUGGAAGCAUAUGCUAUAGCUUCAAAUGCAAUGAUAGAAAAUUUACAAUUCAAUGAAACCAAACAAGGAAUUCAAUCAUUUUUAAAUAAAAAGAAAUAA